AUGCCUGAAAUAGAUAAAAGAGCUUUAUUAAAAAUAAUCAAAUAUCCUAUUAUUACUGAUAAAACUACUAAAUUACUUGAAGAUAAUCAAUACAGCUUUGCAGUAGAUCGUAAAGCUAAUAAACUAAAUAUUAAACAAGCAAUAGAAUAUAUCUUUAAUGUAAGUAUUCAAAGUGUCAAUACAUGUAAUACACCUCCUAAUAAAAAAAGAGUUGGCAAAUUUAUUGGACAAAAAGCAAAUUAUAAAAAAGCUAUAGUGACAUUAAAAAAUGAAUAUAGUAUUAAUUUAUUUCCAGAUAGUUAA